AUGUCCUCAAUCAUCUACCCCCAAUUCGGCCGCCAACCCUGGAGCGACGGCGUCUACACCCUCCUCCUCCACCUACGCGGCACCGCCACCACCGCCGCCUCAGGCGGCUUCGAUGACCCCACCUACUACACCCACUUCGACCUUCUCAUGUCACGCCUCUCCCACCAACGCUACGGCGCCGUUCCCGCUCCUCCCGGAUCUGCCUACCUCGCGGAAAGCCGCGACGAGACCGCCACUCGGGAGAAAGAAGAGACCGACCGCCACAGCCACCUCAGCGACGUAAUGUGCUCAGCUGAGUACUACCACGACGACCAGCCGCACCCGUUCGAUUUGGUGCGGUGCCAGAUGUCGUUGCUGCGGCCGUGGCCGAGCGCGGAGACGUCGGGGCCGGUGGGGGAUCUGCGGUGGCGGUUGGAGGUCAUGGGGUGGUAUGAGGACUGGCCGGUGAUGAGCACGUCGCCGAAGGUGGGCGGAGUGGUGGUGAACAGGGUUACGACAGUGUCGCUGGCGGAGAUGGCGGGUGCGGAGGGGCAGGCGGAUCUGGGGAGGAGGGAGAGGGUUAGCCAGUUGUUCAGAGUGGGGAGGGCGGGUUAG